CUGACUCAGCUGCUCCAUUUUGUUACGAGAGGAAACUAAAAUAUUCCAGGAGUAAAAGCUAAAGCUCUGAUAUAUAAACGCUAUAAUCUGGAGAAGGAGACAUGACCUUCAACAUGAGUGUGUCUGGAAAACAGGACUUAAAGAAAGACGAGAGAAUGAUGGCGGGAAAGAGAUCAGACUCACCAGAACCCAGCUGUGUGUCCAUGAAGAGUGACCGGUCAAUGGGACUUCCAAUUAACUUCAGAGACAGAGACAGUUCUACUGAUGUGAGACCACAAAAGAAGAAAUCAAACAUCAGCAGAAAUCAGCUGGACUCCAUAUUCAAGGAGCUGGAACACAAAGUCAUCACUCUGAUAAAGAAUGAGCUGAAGAGGUUUAGGAAGCUCCUGAGUCCAGAUUACCCAGCAUGCACUGAGAGGGAGGUGGAGGAUGAGGAGGAUCUGCACAGUGUCAGAGAGGGAGCUCUGAAGAUCACACUGCACUUCCUGAAGAACAUGAAGCACACAGAUCUCGCUAACACACUGCAGAACAAACUCGCCUCUGUGUAUCAGACAAAGCUGAAAUCCAACCUGAGAGACAAGUUUAAAAGAAUUAAUGAAGGAAUCUCACAGCAUGGAAGAUCAGCACUUCUGAAUGAGAUCUACACAGAGCUCUACAUCACAGAGGGUUGGAGUGGAGACGUCAAUAAUGAACAUGAGGUGAGACAGAUUGAGACAGCGUCCAGGAGACCAGCAACACAGGAGAUACCCAUCAACUGUAAUGACCUCUUUAAGGACAAGUCCAUCAGAACUGUGCUGACUAAAGGAGUUGCUGGAAUUGGAAAAACAGUCUCUGUGCAGAAAUUCAUUCUGGACUGGACUGAAGGAAAAUCAAAUCAGGACAUCACCUUCAUGUUUCCACUUCCCUUUAGAGAGCUGAAUCUGAUGAAGGAGAAAAAUCUCAGUCUGAUGAAUCUUCUUCAUCACUUUUUCCCAGAAAUAAGAAAUCUAGAAUCAAUAGACUGUGACUCCUACAAAGUGGUGUUGAUCUUUGAUGGUCUGGAUGAGUGUCAACUUCCUCUAAAUUUCCAGAAGAAUGAGAGAUUGUGUGAUGUGACAGAGUCAGCCUCAGUGGAUGUUCUGCUGACGAACCUCAUCAAAAGGAAUCUGCUUCCCUCUGCUCUCCUCUGGAUAACCUCUCGACCAGGAGCAGCCAAUCAGAUCCCUCCUGAGUGUGUAGACCAGGUAACAGAGGUACGAGGGUUUAAUGAUCCUCAGAAAGAGGAGUACUUCAGGAAGAGGAUCAGUGAUCAGAGCCUGGCCAAUAAAAUCAUCAGACACAUGAAGUCUUCAAGAAGCCUCUACAUCAUGUGCCACAUCCCAGUCUUCUGCUGGAUCUCAGCCACUGUUCUAGAGAGAAUGUUGGGUGAAGCAGAGAGUGGAGAGAUCCCCAAGACUCUGACUCAAAUGUUUACACACUUCCUGAUCUUUCAGAUCAAACACAAGGAUGAAAAGUACCAUCAGAAACAUGACCCUGAUCCUCAGCAGACCAGAGAGAGUAUCCUGGCACUGGGAAAACUGGCUUUCCAGCAGCUGGAGAAAGGAAACCUGAUCUUCUAUGAGGAAGACCUGAGAGAGUGUGGCAUUGAUGUCAGAGAAGUGUCAGUGUACUCAGGAGUGUGUACCCAGAUCUUCAGAGAGGAGUUUGGGCUUCACCUGGGGAAGGUGUUCAGCUUUGUACAUCUGAGUGUUCAGGAGUUUCUGGCUGCUUUAUACGUGUUUUUCUGCUUUAAAUUAAGAAAGGCAAAUGUGCUUGUGGAGCAAAAUACUGAAUAUUUAAAUUUCUUCAGAAAUCCAAAUAUGUCUGAUCUCCUCAGGAGUGCAGUGGACAAGGCCUUACAGAGUGAGAAUGGACACCUGGACCUGUUCCUCCGCUUCCUUCUGGGUCUCUCACUGGAGUCCAAUCAGACUCUCUUACGAGACUUAAUGCCACAGACAGGAAGUAGUUCUCACAGAAAACAGGAAACAGUGGAGUACAUCAAGGAGAAGAUCAGGGAGAAUCCAUCUCCAGAGAAAUCCAUCAAUCUGUUCCACUGUCUGAAUGAACUGAAUGAUCAUUCUCUAGUGCAGGAAGUACAGACUUACAUGAACACAGGAUAUUACAGCUGUCUCAGUGGAUCCAGUCUCUCUCCUGCUCAGUGUUCAGCUCUGGUGUUUGUGUUACUGACCUCAGAACAGGAGCUGGAUGAGUUUAAAUUGGGUAAAUAUGAUCCAUCAGAGGAAUGUCUUCUGAGACUGCUGCCAGUGGUCAAAGCCUUCAGAAAAGCUGUUCUGUGUGAGUGUAAUCUGACAGAGGAAAGCUGUAGAGCUCUGUCCUCAGUUCUCAGCUCAAACUCCUCCAGUCUGAGAGAUCUGAACCUGAGUGAGAAUAAACUGCAGGAUUCAGGAGUGAAGCUGCUCUCUUUUGGACUGAAGAAUCCACACUGUACACUGGAGAUACUGAGAAAGAGCGGCUGGUUUAACCGCAGUGAUUAUUGCUACUUCUCCUCAUGGACUUCUCCACUAAAGGAAGACCUUUUUUCAGCCGUUUAUUGUGGAUUACCGCUUGGGAGGAUUCUCUGGGGAGCUUCCUGAAUUAGUCUGAGUAAUGGAUCCACUCACCUUAUAUACUGCUUACAAGGACCGUCUCAUUUCAGGAAAGACUGGCACUGU